AUGGCCGCCAUACAGCCGGCUUCAUCAGAAACCAAACCCUCUCAAGGGGGCGAGAAUCUCCGCAUCGUCAUCGUAGGCGCAGGCUUGGGUGGUCUUCUUGCCGCCAUCGGCCUCGCCCUUGAUGGCCAUCAGGUAAUGUUCCUUGAGCAAGCCACAACCUUUGGGGAGGUCGGCGCCGGCAUGCGUAUCCCUCCCAACUGCUUCAGAAUCCUCCGCCGGUGGGGCAUCGACGCAACAUACCUCAAGAAAACGCACUCCAACGGUAACCGUUUCUUACGAUAUGACAACGGCGCUCUGUUGGCGGAUAUGCCUCAUGGGGUACCGGAACUAGAUUUUGGCGGGAGUUAUCUGAUGGUGCAUCGAGCCGAUUAUCAUUCUCUCUUGCUGCAGAAAGCUCUGGCCCUUGGUGUUCGCGUUAGGGGUGGAUGUCGGGUGGACGAGUACGAUUGGGAUGCACCGGCCGCGAUAUUGCAAGGAGGCGAGAGGGUAACGGGAGACCUCGUUGUCGUUGCAGAUGGCGUCCAGAGCAGUGCGAGAGCCGAGUUCCAAGGGCACGAACUGCCACCCACCGACACAGGCGAUAUCGUCUACCGCAUAUUGAUUCCGGGCCAAGACCUGCUUGCGGAUCCGGAAAUGCGUGACUUGAUAUCUCAGCCUUGGGUAACAUCAUGGUGCGGUCCUGAAGCACAUGUCAUAGGAUAUCCCGUGCGGGGAGGUGAAGUAUACAACGUUGUCUUUUGUUGCUCCGAGUCUUCGAUGCAAGACCAACCUUUUCAGUUCGGAGAGAACAAGCUGCUCAUCUCAGACAACUCGGAGCUUCGACGGCGGUUCGUUGACUGGGAGCCACGAGUGAAGAAGCUCGUCGAGCACUCUGGCAAGGAGUUCCUCAAGUGGCGGCUGUACGAUUUGGAUCUUGUCGAUAACUGGGUUCAUCCCAAAUCCAAGGCCGUCCUGCUUGGUGACGCUGUCCACCCAAUGCUACCAUACAUGUCGUCCGGUGCGGCCAUGGCUUGCGAAGACGCAGCUGUGCUUCGGAAGGUCCUCCAGCGCACCACGAAAGCCAAUCUCGGCUCGGCACUCCGAGCGUACCAGGGUCUGCGCCAGUCCAGAGCUUCCAAAGCCCAGAAAGCCGGAAGAGUGCUUCAGGAUGCAUAUCACUUGCCUGACGGCGAGGCACAGCGGGAGAGAGAUGUGUGGAUUACCAAAGAUGACGAGAGGAACCCGAUAUUCUGGGGAUACAAGGCGAGGAGGGAUUGGUUAUUUGGGCAUGAUGCGGAAGACUUCUAG